AUUCUUAAAUUUGAGUGAAGAGCUGUGGGGGGGGUUUAGGGUUUAAGCUUCUUCUUCUCUCCUGCUGAACUUUAAUGGCAACUGCGGUCAGAUUCCUGCUUUCGAGAACGACACCCCGUACCCUCUUCCACUCUCCUGGACCAUGUCAUCUCGCUAAUUAUCUCCCCAUAAUUCUCCACUCCUUCCUUUAUAAAGAAACCAAUUUCCAUUCCAGAAGCUUCUCUACCGACGCAUCCCACUCCAUCACUCAGGACUUGAACUCUUCCGUCGCUGCCGCUUUCAAUCUCGACAACCGUGUCCCCGCCACCGUUAUCACCGGUUUCCUUGGCUCCGGAAAGACCACGCUUUUGAAUCAUAUAUUGACAUCUCAACAUGGAAAGCGGAUUGCUGUCAUAGAGAAUGAGUUUGGUGAAGUAGAUAUCGAUAGCUCGCUGGUUGCUAGCCAUUCUUCAUCUAAUGAAGAGAUUAUCAUGGUAAAUAAUGGUUGUCUAUGCUGUACUGUGCGUGGAGAUCUUGUCAAAAUGCUUUUGGAGUUGGUCAAUAAGAAGCGAGACAAAUUUGACCACAUUGUUAUAGAAACAACAGGUCUUGCAAAGCCUGGUCCUGUGAUUGAAACCUUUUAUAGUGACGAGCUUCUCUCACGCCACGUGAAACUUGAUGGAGUUGUUACUUUAGUGGACUCCGUGAAUGCCAUCAAACAUUUGAAUGAAGUUAAACCUAGAUUUGUGGUGAACGAGGCUGUGGAACAAAUUGCAUUUGCAGACCGUAUUAUCAUAAACAAAACAGAUUUAGCGAGUGAGGCAGAAGUGGAGUCAUUGACAAACAGAAUUAAGCAUAUCAAUGGAAUGGCACAAAUAAAACGAGCUAAAUAUGGGUUAGUUGACAUGGACUUUGUUUUAGGAGUGGGAGGAUAUGAUCUUGACAGGAUUGAAGCUGAAGUUAAAUCAGAAGAUUCUCAUUGUUCUCAUCAACAUGAAACUGGUCAUGAGCAUCAUCAUAAAGGGCAUGAUCAUGUACACGAUUCUUCCGUCUCCAGCAUCAGCAUUGUUUCUGAUGGAACCUUAGACCUUGAUUAUUUUGAUGAUUGGCUCGAAAGAUUAGUGGAAGAGAAAGGCGAUGAUCUUUACAGGAUGAAAGGGAUAUUGUCAGUGAGCGACUCUGAGCAGCGCUAUGUUUUCCAGGUCUGUCCUCAGUCAAUCUUCAAUUCAACUCAUGAUGUAUCACACAAUAUUGUUAUGCAUUCUUGUCGUAACCUUGCAGGGAGUUCAUGCUCUUUUCGAUGGAUCCCCGGGCAAGGAAUGGGGCGCCGACGAGAAAAGGAUAAACAAACUUGUGUUUAUAGGAAGGAACUUGGAUGAAACUGCCUUGAGGAAAGGCUUUAAAGGCUGCUUGGUGUGAACAGAGGUUGGUUCGUCUAAGAGGGUGUUUGGCGGAGCUUAUAAGCUUUUUAAAACACUUUAUAAGUUGCUUAGGAGCUUAUAAAGUAUAAAAAUAAGUUCUCCAAAAAAUAAGUUACUCUAUCUCAAUUUAUUUUUUCAUUAUCUUAAAGAAAUAUUUAUUUUACAAAAACAAUUCAAUUAUGAAUUUUUAUUUCAUCAUAUAUCAUUUUAAUUUCA